AGAGAAGACACAGACACCUUACGCCACCUCAACGUGAUGCUGAUGUUCACGGAGUGCAUGCUGGACCUGAUGGCCGUGCGGGGCAGCCACCCGGAGCUGUGCACAUCUGCUGUCUCCUUGUACCAGAUCCAGGAGAGUGUGGCCAUGGACCAGAUCAGCCAGCUGAGCAAAGACUGGGGGCGUGUGGAGCAGCUGGUGUUAUACAUGAAAGCCACACAGCUCUUAGCAGCCUCUCUGCAUCUCGCCAAAGCCCAGAUCAAGUCUGGGAAGCUGAGCCCGUCCACGGCUGUGAAACAAG